ACCUAUUAUGGUUGAUGAUAUACAUACAUAGAUAUAGCUAUCGAAAAGCUGAUAGACUUAUAUCUACUUUUGUGAUAAAAAAAAAUAUUUUUAUGACAGAAAUACAUUCGGUGGUUUGAUAUUGGCCAAAGUUUUAUUUUAUUAUUUAUUAUAAGUUUAUUGCCUCGAUUUCUUUUGAAAAAUAUAGGUAUUAAUUAAUUUAAAAGUUCCAUUAAUUUUUUAUAAAUCAAAUACCAAUAGCACUUCCAAACCUCACCGAAUUAUCAUAAACCCCUCAUUAACUAGUUACCAACUAGUAACACAUUGUACUUAAACGAAAUGAGUUCACUACCAAACUUGCAGCAACCCACCACUGGGUAUGGUAGAAAAAGACAAAUUGAUGUAAAUUUUGUUUAAAUAACUUAAAACGCUGGAUCGUUGUUGGAAAUUGUAUUCAGUGCAUUGUUGAGUCUCGGUGUUGAACGCUGUUCUAAAGCAAAACAAAACAUGGCGACAAAAACAGAUUGGGAGGCGAAUGAGGAGAUACAAUAUUUUCAAGAAUAUCUACGCAUUCCAAGUGUACAUCCAGAUCCCGAUUACGAGCCAUGCGUGGCAUUUUUGAGAGAACAAGCCAAACUGCUCGAUUUGCCGAUACAAGUACACUAUCCCGUUAACGAGCGCAAUCCUGCGGUGAUCUUGACAUGGCAAGGUCAGGAGCCCUCUUUGCCGGCAAUCUUAUUACACUCCCACAUGGAUGUUGUGCCAGUAUUUGUGGAGAAUUGGACGCACCCGCCGUUCGGUGCUGAAAUCGAUGAUGAAGGACGAAUAUUUGCACGCGGCACACAAGAUAUGAAAUGUGUGGGCAUGCAGUAUCUGGGCGCGAUUCGUGCUCUCAAGCAGAGCGGAGCAAAAUUCAAGCGCACAAUUCACAUAUCGUUUAUCGCAGAUGAGGAAAUGGGUGGACGUUAUGGCAUGCGCCCAUUUGUACAUACCGCAGCAUUCAAAAAUCUGAACAUCGGAUUCUCACUAGACGAAGGUCUAGCAUCGCCCACCGACGUGCUACCCGUUUUCUAUGCCGAGCGGAGUGUGUGGCGUAUAUAUUUCCAGAUUUCGGGCACAGCUGGCCAUGGUUCACUACUCUUGAAGAACACAGCUGGCGAGAAACUGAAUUAUAUUGUCAAUAAAAUGAUGUCCAUGCGUGCGCAAGAGCUACGCAAGUUGGAAAAUAAUCCGGAAUUAACUAUUGGCGAUGUGACCACAAUCAAUUUAACGCGUGCUGGCGGUGGAGUACAAAGCAAUGUUGUGCCGCCGUUGUUGAUGGUUUGCUUCGAUGUGCGCUUGGCGAUUGAUGUGGAUCAAGUGGAGUUUGAAAACAAGCUUCAUCAAUGGUGUAACGAUGUUGGCGGUGGCAUUAAGCUUGAGUAUGAGCAAAAACGUCCACGUGUCAACCCAACACCGACAGAUAAAACUAAUCCUUUUUGGGUGGCAUUUGAAAGUGCCACCCGUGAGUUGGACUUAAAAAUAUCUAAACAAAUUUUUGCUGGCGGCACCGAUAGUCGUUAUAUUAGAGAAGUUGGUAUACCAGCUUUGGGUUUCUCACCGAUGAACCACACUCCAGUGUUGUUGCAUGAUCACGAUGAAUUCAUAAGAGCAGAUACGUAUUUACGUGGAAUUGAGAUUUACAAGAAAAUUAUAUCAAAAUUAGCUGAAGCUUAAAUUAGCAUAUUAUAAAUAUAUAUGUAUAUCUAUAUAUCAUUGUUAUAUAUUUGUAAAAAGUAAGUGAAGAAAUGUAUAAAAUAUACGUACUCUCCUACCAAAAAAAGUCUUUAAAAACACGGC